GAUAGAUUUAAUUUCAAACAAUAAGAAAGAAAUUUAGUCGCCCAUAAAAGGUAUCUCAAAGAGCCGGGUUUACCGGCUCUUAAAAUGAAUAAUCCAAUCGUGGAUCCGCCAUCAGUAACAGAUGGCGGAUCACAACCAUCGGAGCAAAUGUUUGGUUCACCAAUUCAAUUAAGUCCCCCCGAUAAAAUUAAUGAAAAUUCACACAACAAUGAUAAUAACAGAUAUUGUUGUAUGGAUUUACCCCCAUAUGUAGUAUAUGUGGAAUCCUUGGAUAAGAGUAUUGGAAACUUGCAUGAUAUGCAAGUAGGCAAAAAACUGUUUGAAAGCGGUUUAAGAGGAAUCUUGAGAGUGGACAAAAGAGGGAGAAACAGGAUUGAGGCUGAGUUUAACAAUUAUAACAAUGCUAAUGAAUUUUUAUCAUGUUUUUUAGUCAAAAAAGAAAACUGGAGGGCAUUCAUCCCCUCACACAGAGUAACAUGCAAAGGAAUUAUUCGGGGUGUCGAUACCUCAUUAUCAGAAGAAACAAUUUUAAAAUUAAUAAAAACGGAAAAUAGACGUGAAGUUUUACAUAUCAGAAGAUUAAAAAGAAAAACAACCAAUGAACAAGGAGAAAUAAUAUUUGUAACAACAGGAACUAUUGUCGCUACGUUUGCAGGUACUACAUUACCUAGACACGUAUCAAUUUGGUAUAGCCAUCGUAUUCCGGAAGUGUACAUUUCCCCUGUCAUACAAUGUUUUAAUUGUUUAAGAUAUGGACAUACAAAAACGUUGUGCAAGUCGCAGAAGAGAUGUUCUAGGUGUUCUGAUCAUCACGAUUUACAUAUGUGUCAAAGCGACAUCAUAAAAUGUAUUCAUUGUGGACAACCACACCUUUCUACUGAGGCUGGUACUCCGUUAGCAAACAGAGUGUGCCCAGAAUACUUACGCCAAAAGAAAAUAAAAGAAAUUAUGGCCACUCAUAAUUACUCGGCUUAUGAAGCUAAUCUACUAAUAAAGAACCCUGAACAAGUGCAGCUAGAGAAAAACAUUAGAAAUAUAUACCACACUGAUUUUCCUCCUCUAAAGAAAGAUGACGUUAUACAGAGGACAAUCAAUUUUGCUGCUAGCACAGCGCCUCGAAGACAAGUGGUGGACUACUCUGAUAUAGUCAAAAAACAAACACAACAAAAAAUCACUGGAACUACUCCAAAAAACUCAACAAUGACCUCACCAACGAUGGGAUAUAAAAGUCAAGAGAGCUCUAAACGAAAGUUUCCUGCCUCCCCAGAAGAAAAAACUCACAACAAAAUAAAAAAUCCACACAAAAAGCCACCUGGUAAUAUGUCUACACGAGGUGUAGCAUUUACAAAAGAAAUCAGAACUCCACUUACCUUUACAAAAGAAUCUCAAGACCCAAUAUCAGAGUCAGAAGGUGAAGAAACAUUUACAAAUUUAAAUAAUUUAGUAAUGCAAGACAGAAGAAGACAAAGAGUAUUUCUAGAAGAAGAAAUUCCUAUCGAUGAGGACAUUACUUUGGAAUUCGAGGGGUCUUGCCAAGAAUAAAGGAAUAAUACCUAACAUUCCUGUCCGAGGGGCAUCCUAAAGACCUAUGUGAAAUGAGUCUCAGCCCUCAGACUCGAGAAGAGUUUAUGUUGACUGGGAGGUAAUAAGGACAAGUAUCCAAAUCCCAUUGCCAAGCCUUAUCAUUGUGAAGA